UAAAAAAAAUUCCGACAGUAAAAUUUCAGAAAUCGUAAUGUUAAGAGGGGCUGUUAGUAUUAUUUAUGGUAUUUUUUAGACUAUAAAUAGAUAAAGGCAAGAUAAUCUUACGAUGCAGUUGUCAUUGACAAAUUGAAAGUCAAGGUGCGUUGCCUGCAUUUUACUGUAUCUUUAAUCAAAAUGAGUUUUAAAGCACAACCGAAAGGUUUCGCCACAAAGUCCAUACACGCUGGCCAGGAUCCAGAGCAGUGGAACAGCGCCUGUGUUAUACCGCCCAUCACAUUGAGCACGAAUUUUAAACAGGAUGCACCAGGAGAGCAUCGGGGCUAUGUUUAUUCGCGAGGUGGCAACCCCACGCGCAAUGUCCUGCAGCAGUGCCUGGCAGCGCUGGAUAAUGCCAACUAUGGUUUGACCUUCUCCUCCGGCCUGGGCGCCACGACCGCUGUCCUGGCCAUGCUGAGCCAUGGCGAUCACAUAGUGAUGGGCGAUGAUGUAUAUGGCGGAACAAGUCGUCUGGUCCGCCAGGUGGCAACGCGUUUUGGUCUAACGGCCACAUUUGUGGAUGCCACCCAGUUGGAAAGUUUCCGUGCAGCUUUCAAGCCGGAAACGAAGCUCGUUUGGCUGGAAUCGCCAACAAAUCCGUUGAUUAAAGUCGGCGAUAUUAAGGCUCUGGUGCAGAUCAGUCGGCAAAUGGGCAAGGAUGUGAUUGUUGCCGUGGACAACACUUUUCUCACCUCCUAUUUCCAACGGCCCCUCGAACUGGGCGCCGAUCUGGUUUGCUAUUCCCUGACCAAAUACAUGAACGGCCACACGGACGUCGUCAUGGGCGGCAUCACAAUGAACUGCGAUAAGCUCCAUGGCAGAUUGAAAUUUUUGCAAAACUCAAUGGGCAUUAUACCGUCGCCCUUCGAUUGCUAUCAGGUGAAUCGCAGUCUGAAGACCUUAUCGCUGCGCAUGCAGCAGCACCAAGCGAAUGCACUGCAAGUGGCAAAGUUUCUGGAAUCACAUGAUUUCGUGGAGAAGGUUCUACAUCCCGGUUUGCCCUCGCAUCCACAGCACCAAUUGGCACUGACUCAAACGUAUGGCUAUAGCGGCGUCUUCUCCUUCUAUAUCAAGGGCGAUCUGAAGCAAUCGCGAGCCUUUCUGAAAGCUCUGAAAGUCUUUACCCUGGCCGAGAGCCUGGGUGGCUAUGAGAGCCUAGCGGAGCUGCCCUCUAUUAUGACCCAUGCCUCGGUGCCCGCCGAGGAUCGCAAAACCUUGGGCAUUACGGAUGCCCUGAUACGCCUCUCAGUGGGUCUGGAAGAUGCCGACGAUUUGAUCGCUGAUAUUAAAAAUGCCUUGGAUGUCGCAGCUAAAGCUUGACUUCAAUAACCUUAAGAUUAUAGUAUUUCAUAUAUGUU